UUCAUUGAUCACGAAAUGAAACCCGAUUGAACUGGAGAAUUUCAACGAACAUUUAAACAUUUGUUCAAAGAGUUACAAGUAAAAAGAUAUAUAUGUUUUGCAUUUGUUAUUUGUCAUCGUAAACAAAAUGUUUAAAUUAGGAUGGCUGCUUGUAACGAUGUUCUUUAUGUACCAAAAUACUUCUUGGGUACGUGCUGGUACAGAAGCUGAAAUGCGGGCACUACUAGCGGCAAAACUAAACAGCUCAGAUUAUUCUCCAAGGGUUCGUCCAAUCAAAGACACCGGCAACGUUAUGACCCUUACAGUAGAUAUGUACCUCGUGGGCAUUAACGGUGUUGAUGAGGUUGAACAGAAGAUAACUACCACGGCAUACAUGAAGAUUGUAUGGGCAGAUAGCUUCAUGACAUGGACCCCAGCGGAUUAUGGUAACAUUACACAGUUCACCCUCCCACAGGAGGAUAUUUGGAAACCUGAUCUUGCUCUAGCAAAUGCUUACGACACAAUAACCGGUCUCGGAGAUUCGUUUAUGUAUCUUACUAUAACACAUGAUGGCAAUAUAACUUGGGAACCGUAUCAAGUUUUUGAUAGCACGUGUAACAUUGAUAUGACAUACUUUCCGUUUGAUUCACAGACAUGUGAUUUGCAAUUAGUCACGUGGUCUAGUACCAGAGAAAUGAUAAGCAUUGUAACUGGCGAUGACGGAUUCAAUAUUGAUGCUUAUGAAGAGAACGCAAACUGGAAAAUGUUGGGUGUGUCUACGUUUGAUUCUUCAACAGCAUCUACAUCCGGGUUAUCGUUUUCAAUACGAAUUCGCCGGAAACCGAUUUAUUAUCUUCUAAACUUCAUGAUACCCAUUGUGUUACUUUCAUUUCUGAAUAAUUUUGUAUUUGUGUUACCAUGUGAUUCCGGGGAGAAGACUGGUUACGCUAUUGUCCUGUUUUUAUCUUUUGCCAUAUUUCUGUUGAUAGUUACAGAGAUAAUGCCAGAAGGAAUGAACACUGUCCCUAUCAUAAGUAGCUAUUUACUGGUUGAAUGCAUCUUCAGUACAAUAAUAGUAUUCAUAACCAUUAUUCAGCUUCGACUUCAUAACCAGGGUGAUGAUACUCCUAUCCCGAACUUUUUAAUCGUUUUAACAACGUUCAUCCAGGGGAUAAAAGCAAAAGUAUGCGGUAUCUGUUGUACUUCUGAAGUUCAAAAAGAAAGCGACAACGAUAAUGGCGAUGAAACCCCUGUUAAAAUUCCCCUUUCGGCUUUAAAUCAACAGUCAGAUUACUCUAAAACUAUUGAAAAGUCGGGGAGGAAAUUGAAAGAAAUUGCACAAUCGGACGGAAAUACCGUUGAAAAGCCUUCGCUUAGCAGUAAAGCUAAGAAAAGAAUGUGUUGCGGUGCAAAAAGUCUCGAAAGUGAUGAGAGUGAAAUGAAGGAGAUGAUUUGGAAAGAGGGUUCGAGCGAGACUGCUACAGAAUUGAAAACUGAAAGUUCAAAGACCUCUUUCAGACUAGCAGAUAUACUCGGCAAUGAAAACAGAGUAGCCCCGGACGCUUUCUUUAAUAAACCACAAUCAGUCGGGCCUAUCUAUGAUGGGGAACUGGCUAUUGAAGACGUUGACGAAAUCGGUGACAUAGUACAAAAACCAAAAAUGGCCAAUGUACAAAUGGGUCUUAGACAAGGAGGUUACCGUCAAUUUAGGACACCAGAACCAAAAGAGCCGAUGAACGAUUCAAUAUCUGUAAAUUCGUCAAAUGGGGAUUCCUCUGACGAAAUGUCGUGGCCGGAAGUUGUCUUGGCGUUAGAUAACUUGUUUUUUGUCUUGUUUCUUGUUGUCAACACUCUUGCAACCCUUAUUGCGUUCGCCGUAUCGGGGGCAAAUUGAUAUUUAUAGGUAUAUUCAGUCUUUUUGAUAAUGAAAUAGUGGAUUCUUCAAAGUUCAAUGUAGUUGCGAAUUUGUAAAAUGGAUUAUAAGGUGUGUCUUUAUCACAAAUAUGACGAUGUUAUUGGGUGAUCUGUUAAUCUCUUAAAUACAUGUAAACGUAUAUUAACUUUAUCUUUAAAUAUGAAAAAAGGUUUAUAUCAUCAGCUAUAUACAUAUUAUGUACAUGUAUAUGAUAAAAAAAUAAAGUAUUUAACACUUA